UCUACACGUCUGGUCCUGACUUUACGCGCUGCGAGAUUGGCAAUACUAAGUAUGGCUCAUAUGAAAGCACCCAGCUGGUCGAGCAUGUUGGUUCCUAUGACAAGCGCCGGUAGAUGUGUUAUGUCCCACAACAUAUUCGGCCGCCAGUCUGCGCGCAGAAUGUUUACCGUUCCUACAGACCUGCCGCCCGCCCCUUCAGGCGAUCUCCCAUUGUCAGGAAUCCGGGUUCUUGAGCUUGGACAACUCAUUGCUGGCCCCUUCUGUGGCCAAUUGCUGGGAGAUCAUCAAGGUCGAACCACCUUCAACCGGAGACCCACUACGGGUAUGGCGCGAACUUGACAUUGACGGGACGAGCCCUUGGUUCCGAAGUCUUGCAAGGAACAAGAAGAGCGUUGCUAUUGACCUGAGGAAACAGGAAGGAAGACAACUCG